AUGAGCUCCAACUUCUCAACACUCAUCCUUCGCUGCAGCGAUCCCAAACAUCUCCGAGAAAUCCAGGCCGUGCUCACCGCCGGCGGCCUCCUACUCUCCGGCUCCAGCUCCGGCGUCUUCUUCCACAACUCCCUCAUCCGCGCCUACACCCGUUUGUCGUCUCCAUGUUCAUCUCUUCUUCUCUUCUCCGACCUCCUCCGCUCCGGCUUCCUCCCCGAUUCCCAUUCCUUCUCAUUCAUCCUCAAGGCUUGCUCCCUUAUCCCCGCCCGCUUCACCGGCCUCUCGGCCCACGCUCUCGCCUUCAAGCUUGGCCUUGACUCUGACCUCUUCGUCAACAACUCGCUUAUUCACUUCCAUUCCGUCACCGGCGUCAUCGCCGAUGCGCGCCUCUUGUUUGAUCGAAGUUACCAACGAGAUUCCGUUUCUUAUAACUCCAUGAUCAGUGCGUAUGUUAGGGUUGGUGAUCUUGGUAAUGCUCGGAAUGUGUUUGAUGAAAUGCCUACAAGAGAUGGGAUUUCUUGGAGUGCGAUUAUUGCUGGGUAUGCGCAGGGUGGAGCAUCUAAGGAGGCGUUGAGGCUGUUCUCGCGGAUGCAGGAGGAGGGAUUCGUGCCUGAAGGGAAGACCUUGGUGAGCGUGCUUGCGGCCUGUGCUCAUAUGGGUGCGUUGGAGCAAGGGAAGUGGGUUCAUGGGUAUUUGAGAAGCAAUGGUGCCAAGAUCGAUGUGUUUCUAGGUACUGCAUUGAUAGACAUGUAUGCAAAGUGUGGAGAAGUGGACUUGGGUUUGAAGGUGUUUGAUGAAAUGCCUGAAAAGAAUUUGCUUGCUUGGACUACAAUGAUCAAGGGACUUGGGAUGCAUGGACGAGGUGAGGAAGCGUUGCAACUCUUCUCUGAGAUGGAGAGGUCGGGUGUCGUGCCCGAUGACAUUGCCUUCAUUGGUGCUCUUUGUGCUUGCACUCAUGCAGGUCUUGUUGAUCGGGGCCGUCAAAUCUUUGAUUCUAUGUACCAUUGUUAUGGUCUUAGGCCAAAGGUUGAGCAUUAUGGAUGUAUGGUGGAUCUUUUGGCUCGCAAUGGGUUGCUCAAUGAGGCGAAGGAGCUGGUUGAUUGCAUGCCAAUGGAGCCUGAUGCCUCUGUCUGGGGAGCUUUCAUGGCAGGUUGUAGGUUUUAUCGGAAUGUUGAGUUGGCAGAGUAUGCUGUCAAGCAUUUAAUUCAAUUAGAACCAAAUAGCAGUGGUGUCUAUGUCCUCUUGGCCAACAUAUAUGCUUCUUCAGGGAGGCAUGCUGAUGCUAAGAUGGUGCGUUAUCUAAUGAAGAAGAAAAGAAUAGAGAAGAUCCCAGGAUGUACUUUAGUGGAAAUACGAGGAAUUGUUCAUCAGUUCUUGGUGGGUGACACUUCUCAUGCCCAAAUAAAAGAUAUCCUGAUGAAGUGGGAUGAGAUUGAAGACCGAAUAAGAUUGGCAGGAUAUGUUCCUAACAAGAAGGAAGUGUUGCUUGACAUAAAUGAAGAUGAGAAAGAAGAUGCACUCGGUCGUCACAGUGAGAAGUUGGCCAUUGCAUUUGCGUUGAUUAGCACAGAGGAUGGAGCAACCAUUCGAUUGGUGAAGAACCUCAGAGUAUGCACUGAUUGCCAUGACGCCACAAAACUGAUUUCUAAAGUUUAUGAAAGAGAAAUUGUUGUUAGAGACCGGACACGAUUUCAUCUUUUCAAAGAUGGUAGCUGCACCUGCAAGGAUUUCUGGUAA